UCGAGUUCGUCUUCUUUUUCGAAAAUUUUCUGAAGAAGGAUGGAAGGAAGGAAGGAAGGAAGAAUGGAGGUUGAUCAUGAAGAUGGAGUUAUGGGGUCCAAAGAACAGGCUUUGAUAGCCAAAGGUAAGAGAACAAAGCGCCCAAGGCUUCAUUCUCCUACCCCUUUUACCAUUUCUUCAAAUGGGGAAGCAGGAUUUGUUGUUCUUGAUCAUGAUCAUGAUCAUGAUUCUAAUGUUGUAGCAGAAAACAAUGAUUUUGUAGCAGAAAACAAUGAUUUUGUAGCAGAAAACAAUGAUUAUGUUGCGGUUCCGGUUCAUAAUGUUAGUUUUUCUCCUUCGUCGUCGUCGGCUGAAUUGCAGCCAUCUAUCACGACAGACGAAGAGGAAGACAUGGCUAAUUGUCUCAUUCUCCUUGCUCAAGGGAGACCCCAGACACCGAAACAUGUCGACAACAACCGGAGUACGGUCGGAGCUGAAAAGGGUGUGGGGAUUGGAUGCUAUGGGUAUGAGUGCAAGACAUGUUAUAGGACAUUCCCUUCAUUUCAAGCUUUGGGAGGACAUAGAGCUAGCCAUAAGAAGUCUAAGGCCAUUGAAGCUGAAAAGAAGGUCUUGUUGUGUUCAGAUGAUGAAGAGAUACAAUUUAAGAACAAUAUGACACAUUCAAUUUCUCUGCAAUUGAAUCAGAAAGGAAGUUUGUGUAGCAAUGGUAAGGGUAAAGUUCAUGAGUGUGCUAUUUGUGGAGCUGAAUUUACUUCUGGGCAGGCCUUGGGUGGUCAUAUGAGACGCCACCGUGCCAUGCCGGUUGCGAUGAACACGGCGUUGUCUCUGACUCCAAUGGCCAUGGAAGGUGAGGAUCAAAGACAACCAAAACGACAANGUUUAGUCGGUCACACAUAG